UGGAGCCAAUCCACGAGGGCUUGAAAAACACCACAAUGAAGCUGCCCUUUAACAAGCCCCUAUCACCCUCAGCUGUGUCAAUUAAACCAACUUGCUUUGUGUGUACAAAAGGGCGUCGGCAAGUUGCUGAGCAAACAGGCUGUCCUUCCUAGUGUUUCAGUUCAGAUGCAACACUGUCUCCUGGUGUGAGUUCCACUGGAAUCGGGUCCUGCUGAAGAUGGCUACAAUCGCAGCCUUGCUUAUCCUAACAGUAUUUGUUACCACUUUAAAAGGAGCUACAGAAACGGCAGAGAAAACAGACCCCUUUACGUAUGACUACAGUCAGCUGCGUGUGGGAGGUCUGAUCAUGGCUGCUGUCCUCUGUCUCAUUGGCAUCUGCAUCCUCUUCAGUAACCAUUGCAGGUGCAAAUUCAAACAAGACAACGGGAAAAGGGCCAAAGGCACUUCUGCUACAACUGAGCAAUUGCUUUCAUCUCCAGCCCAUGCUAGCGAGUGCUGAAACUACAGAGCAGGUCCCACAACAAACAUGGUCUCUUGCAGCUACUGUUUUGAUGGUGAUAGGUCAAGGGUAUAAUUUUAAUCUUUUUAAAAUUUGUAGAGACCAGAGGUUCCCAUCAAAGGGUACGGAUGCAUUCUGUCGACGUGAUAUGUCUAAUAUUUAAUAUCACAACAUGUACACUGUGCUUGGAUCUUUGUAGUAAAUUUGGACUUAUUUGUAUUUAUAUUCCAAUAAAGUGUUUCUUCUCCUCUUUAUCACCCCCCCUCCCAAUAAAUAUCUGUAAAUUUAUUUUGUGCAAACAUUCAUAACAUUAAAUUGUUGGUUGGACCCAGGAAUCUGAAAUUAAACCCUGGUGCUUAUAGUGCACAAUGCUAAAGCAUCAGGCAAAGAAAGCUGUCCCCCCCCCCCAACUUUAAAUGUUUUAAGGAAGUAGACAUCAAGCAAAACAACAUGAUAAAAUUUGCCAUUUCUUUUCCUACAUUAAAAAACACAGAUUCAAUCUGGCAU